CAGUUUGUUAGAAGUUGCUUUCACAGAGAGAUACAAUGAACGAUCAUACAAUAUAUAUAUAGGCGGUGUUGACUACUGAACAUAAACUCCAGUGACAUUUUAAAUCUUAAUCAUGUUUGGACAGUCUGGAAAUACGUCGUUCAGUGGUUUCAAUACGGCUACGCAAACAAGUCCAUUCGGACAGUCUGCGUUUGGCAAACCAAUCGCCACAACAAGUUUCGGCAGUGGCGCAACACCAGUCUUUGGUAGUAGUAAUACUUCUCUCUUUAGUUCAAAGCCUGCGGGUUCUACCACGGGCGGUUUGUUCGGCAUAUAUAUAUAUAUAUUACCGAAAACCGAAAUAAAUACCGCUACUUUUUCGGUUUCUAUAAGGGUAGUGCUUAUAUAGGGUUUCGGGACAACAAACACAAAUACCAAUUUGUUCGGCAAUCAGCAGAAUCCUGGUACAAGCUUAUUUGGAACAAAUACAGCAACUUCGGCGUUCGGACAGUCCAAUAAGCCGGCCGGAUUUAGCUUUGGCACAACAUCUGGAACAAAUUUAUUUGGACAACCUCAGCAGACGACUCAACAGACCACUCCAUUUGGACAAACAAAUGCCACUGGAAAUACCAAUUUGUUCGGUACAACGCCUGGUUUCGGUAGUACAAAUACCACCACCGCGGGUGUAACCGGUACUGUUGUUAAAUUCACUCCCGUUAUUACGACCGAUUCUAUGUCGAAAAAUGGUAUAUCCCAUAGUAUAUCGGCGAGGCACUGUUGCAUCGCAUCAAUGAAGGAAUACGAGUCAAAGUCGUACGAAGAAUUACGUUUCGAGGACUAUUCUGUGGGACGGAAAGGACCCAGUACAGGAAUAUUUGGCACGCCCGCGCAACCUUCACCUUUUGCCAAUGCAGGGACAGGCACUAAUACUGCAACACCUGGUUUCGGUGUAAUGAGCGGCGGUUUUGGAGCAACCACUCAGUCUGGAUCAAGCAGUCUUUUCGGGAAGCCGAUGACAAGCUUCGUGACACCGUCGACAACAACUACGAACAGUUUCGCUUUCAAUUCUACCCCGAGCACAAAUUUGUUCGGUAGUAAUAAUCAGGCCAAACCAUUCGGUACCGCAGCGCCGACGCCACUCUUUGCAACUAGCAAUACUAACCAAACUGCCGGUACCGGAUUCGCUGGAAUUAUUACGCCUCAAAAUACUGGUUUCGGAUCCACGUUUGGGUCAACACAACCAAAUCAGAGUAUCGGUUUAUUUAACCAAAACAAAUCGGCUUUUAAUGUGCCGUCUACAUCAUCCAGCACCGCGUUCUCCAGCUUUGGGCAAACACCCUCUAGCAAUGCAGGCACGACUUUAUUCGGCGCUAAAUCUACCGGGACCACAGGUUUUGGAACGGCGUCAACUUUCGGUUCAAACACAGCAUCGACUUUUGGAACUACAACAGGUUUCACUGCAGGCCAAAAUGCUGGUGCUUCAUUGUUUAAUACAUGUUUUAAACCUGCAGGACAGACGUCUGGAUUCUCUUUUGGUUCCACUUCCGCGCCUUCAACCGGACUAGGCACAAACACGGGUUUGACACUGGGUGGCGGUUCUACUUUAUUUGGUCAACAAAAACCAGGCAGUUUAUUUGGUAAUACCGGAAGCAAUACAACGUUCAAUCCUUCGGCAUCUUUUGGAUCGUCAACUUUUGGAAGCAAUGCAAAUGUUGGAACUGGUAUUGGAAUGGGACUACUUGGUGCCGGCGCUUCGAACAAUCAAACAAAAAGUUCUGGAACCGUUCCAGUCCAUCAACAGAUUUUGGCAUUGGUAUCUGCACCGUUUGGCGAUUCACCGUUGUUAAAAAACCUUUUACCGGCUUCUGGCAAAACGGAAGAGUUGUUAAAACCUGCGAAUGCACCAUCUAAAAUAAUGAAUGGCUUACAGUACAAAGUUACGGCGAAUAACAAAUCUCCGAAAAUUAAAGCCAAAGUCGUUACCCCUGCACAACUAUCAAAGAAAUCGAUGUUCGAAGGACUCGAAGAAGAGGACCCACUCUCGGAAGCAUUUCAGCCUCGUCCAAACGCAAAGCGUUUAGUGUUACGUCCAAAGUCUAUGUCGAACUCAAUUAUAUCGUCACCGACCGAAAAUUCGUCGCAAGUUGUUGGAAAAAAUUCGCAAUCCGCUGCAAAAGGGGAUGGCAGAAUGAAUGGAACUGACACGUACAUCGAGAGUAGUACAACUAUCGAAUCUGUUGUAGACAAGGAAAAUCAUAGUCAAGAUAAUAAUCGGCAAUUAGCAAACGAUCGAAGAUCCUCUUCGUCUACGUCUUGGUUGAAAACUAGCCUUCCACGAAAUUCGACGACACAGAACUCUAACGAAGAAUCGUUCGACGAACAACGUUCACCAUACUCCGCACUAAACACAUCUCCGGAGGAAGUAAUAAAUAAUACUGUCACCGAAUUGCGACCGUAUGCUGCUGUGAAUUCACCGAAACAACUACACCCCUCCAAAGUCAACAAUUCUGCGGACACACCUGCGAAGAAUUCCCAUACAUCGGAUAAAACGUGUACAGAUACCACAGCUCAGAGUAUUGAUUCGAGUCAGGAAUUAGAUGACACUUCCUUCUGGGCAUUACAAUCUUCAAAUUGGAAAUCGAAUGCAGCAAAAGUAACACUGAAACGUGUAGGUUAUUACACUAUUCCAUCAUUGGACAACAUAGAGGAUUAUGUUUGUGGAGAAACUUGUGUCGUACCAAACUUUACUGUUGGUCGCGAGGGUUACGGGAAUGUAUAUUUUCCUGAUUCGUUUGAUAUUUACGGUCUCAAUCUGGAUGAAAUCGUCCAUUUUCGGCAUAAAGAAGUUAUCAUUUAUCCGGACGACGAGAAAAAACCACCAGUCGGACAAGGGUUAAAUCGUAAAGCACAAGUUACUCUGGAUAGGGUGUGGCCGCACGACAAGUCUCUACAUAAACCUAUUACCGAUCCUCUACGACUGGCGGCAAUGGAUUACGAAGAAAAAUUACGUAGAGUAUCCGCCAAACAUGACACCAGAUUUCUCGAGUAUCGCCCUGAAACCGGUUCUUGGGUUUUCAAGGUCGAUCAUUUUUCUAAAUACGGUUUGAGCGAUUCAGACGAAGAUGACAACAUACCCGCUGCCACUGAUCCGAAGAGAUUAAAACUAUCCACAGUGUCCCAACAGAAAUCCGCUACUAAAUUGGAACAGCAGUCGAAGCUUCCGGUAAGAUUUCAGCAAUUAAAACAAUCACCGGUAAGUCCAACCGGCGACAAUGCUCGUAUUUUGGGUACAGAUAGUCAUAAAUUACAACUAAUGAAGGCCAGUUUCUUCGAUGGUAGCGAUGAAGAGAUCAGUGAAGAAUAUGAGCGAGAAUCAAAUUGUGCCUCACUUCUUCCUGGUCAGAAAAGUUCCGUACGAUGUUACGCAGAUUCUGCUGAGAAUUUCGACGAGGAACAACAGAGACACAAGGUGACUACAUAUAGCCCAAUAUUGCGAUCAAAUUUAACGAUUCACCAUAUGCCGUCGAUUGUUUACGAGGAGCCGAUGAUCUCAAUGGUUGCUGAUACCAAGUCGAAAGGAUCGGUAGAUGUUGUUACAAUGUCAUCGAUUUAUGGGAAAAGUUUUCCGGAUCCUGUUAUACUUCCAGUAACCGCGAUUCUUAAAUGGCAUUCCGAAGUGAUUCCAUUAUCGAAAUCCAUCAUAAACAAGUUACAAUCUCGUUCCGUCGCUGACGCGGGCAUACAAAUGGGAAGAAUGUUUAAACCAAGUUGGGGACGCGGUUUAACGUUGCUUACACUGAGCACGCGAGGACAAGCUGACGAUGUACCUCUGCAAAGUCCAUUCGAGCAGAUUGGUUCGUACAUGUGCGGUCGUCUACCCGAAGAUACAACAUCCGUCACAAUAGUUCAACGUAUACAAAUUUUGGGUGGCGAUGGAGCCGACGAGGAUAGUGUAAAAGCGUUCGUGAGAAGUAUAGAGGGUCAUCUAAAAGUUCAAUUGUCACAUCGGAUAAUGGAUCAGGAGGGAGACUGUCCAAUUUUCGACGUGGACACAGAUGUUGGCAAGGCGAGCAUGGCUUUACACGCGCAUUGUAGCCUGGCCGAAGAAUUUGCCGAUCAGUUUACCGCAGACAGUUUCGCCGCGUAUGUCGCUAACGUUUGGAAACUCUGCGUGGCCCUGUGGGGAACUCUGCCCGAUGUAAACGUUCUUACCGAAAGCACAGCAGAUCAUAAUGUCAUUAUGGCUCGGCGUGAUGCCAUAGGAGAUUGGUUGAGAAACGUUAUACGAAGGACACUUGAAUGGGAGAAAACGACCAUUGGUAACGAAAGAAAGAUACUGGACCUAUUAUCCGCUUUCGAACUAGAAGGGGCGUGCAAAAUCGCGCGACAGGCAGGUGAUCAUUGUUUGGCACUACUUAUGGCGCAAUUACGCAGCGGAAUGCCCACGAAAACGUUGAUAAAGCAGCAAAUCGGAUUGUGGCAAGAGUCUGGCGUUGACGAGAACAUAAUAACGGAUCGAUUAAAACUAUUCGCAUUGGUGGCCGGUGAACCACUGGUAUCCUGUAAACAUGGUCUCAUUAACGUUUGCGAGAAUCUCGAUUGGAAAAGAGCGUUCGCCGUUCAUUUAUGGUAUUUUUCAUCUCCAAUCGCUUCCAUCAGAGACGCGUUAGAGCUUUACGAAGCUUCUUUCGAUACAAGUAACACAACAUACGCAUAUGCAGCAGCACCUAUACCCGAAUACAGAGGAACAGACGAUUACGAGAUAGAGAUGAAUGAAAAAGAAAAAAAAAACGAGAAGCCGAUAUACGAUCUGUGUUAUCAUCUGUUGAAAUUGUUUUGUAUUGGUAAUCACGCACUGGGCGAACUUUUGAAUCCUGCGACUCAUACCGCCGACCCACUGGAUUACAGACUCAGUUGGUUGAUGCAGCAAGUGCUUUUAGCAUUGGGCUAUUCGUAUUUAUCAGAACACGUUGCCGUGUUAACUCACGUCAACUUCGCCACACAAUUGGAAGCGUAUGGACUUUGGCACUGGGCCAUAUUCGUGAUGUUACAUUUAAAAGACGCAGGAAAAAGGAAAUCCGCGGUAACAAGUCUACUGCAACGACACGUCGAAAUAAACGAUAUUCCUGAUUACAUCGAACGAGAAAAAUUUUUACGAGAAGAACUUGGUAUACCUUCAGUUUGGAUUCACCAAGCUAAAGCCGUGAAAUGUUAUGCAGCCAAAAGAUACGGAGAAGCUGCGUCUUAUUUCAUCCAAGCGGAACAAUGGAAUACCGCGCAUGAAAUUAUUAUCGAACAUCUUGCCGCAGACGCUAUAAUAAACGAGAAUUACGAGUAUCUACGUGACUUGUUGAGUCCGUUGAUUCCUUCGGAAUGUAGCGGUGCCAUAAGCGGAUGGGUUUAUCAAGGAAAUUUACUUUGGGAAUACAUGGAGAUAACUAUGGACAUCGAAGCAUUGUUACGCGGCGCUGAUCCUCGUGAAAUAAGUUAUAAUUUGGAGUUGUUAAAACCACGAUUGGCAUGUCUUUGCUUAAAGAUCAAUCAAUUCCCCUGCCCAACCGCUAAACAUAGACUUUGCCAAGCGGAAAUCGCGAAAAGAACAUUGCAUCUAGCUAGAAGCUUAUUACAGACGAACGAAAACAGAUCGACCGUAAUACUUCAACUCGUCUCACAGUUGCCAUUGCCUGAAGAUUAUGCACAACAAGAACUUCGUCCUAUUGUUAAUAUGCGAGUAAAUGAAAUUAUAUCCCAGGCAGUAUAAUCGUAGGACAUUCUUCCUUUCUCGAUCGAAGAAAAUCACUAGGAAUUUUUACUUUUUAUAAUUGUAACACCAAGAGACAAGAACGUAAAAAUGUAAUGGUAUAUUAAACAUAGUUGUGUAACACCCACACGGUUAACAAUAAUAACAGCGAUAGUAACAGUAAAUUUUGAUCAUGAUAAAACAGACGUACAAUACCUAAAGUUCAUAAGUUCAGUAAGUAAGGAUGUUUGCGUUAAAUUGUUAUUUCAAAUGUUCUAUAUCAAUUUUUUAAAUAAAUAAAUGAGACCUGAA